CGAAAAAAACAUCUGAUUUCCAAUGAAUGGCCGCAACAGGGAUUUGGCUUUUGUUUUCGGCUGGGUGAUUUGACAGUGGCUGUGAAAUUAAUGAAAAUUAAUCGAAAUAUGGAGAACAAGCCACCGCAACAGAAGCCGGCAGAAAACACAGAAGUCAAUCAAGAUGAGUUGAUCCUGCAACAGCAGCGGCGAAUAGAAAAAGAGAUUUCCGAGUCGAUAGCAUUAGUAGGGGAGAAGGAACCGCUCCAAAGUUUGGAGCGUGAAUACCUGGAGGAUGAGGUUUAUCUUUCCAAAGCUAAAACCUUAGGACAAAAAUACUCUUACAUCCGGCGGACCAGACCCGAUGGCAAUUGCUUCUUCCGUGCUUUCAGUUACGCUUAUCUAGAAAGACUGAUCGACAUUAAAGAUGAAUUUGAGAAAUUCAGGGAGCUCGCACUUAAGAGCAAAGAAAAUCUCGUUGCUUUAGGAUUCCCACAAUUUACUGUCGAAGACUUUCACGAUACGUUCAUGGAAGUCAUCGACAAAGUGGGCGGUGGUACCGAAGCUAGUCGCUCAGAGCUCCAUAAACUUUUUAACGAACAAGGAUAUUCCGAUUAUGUUGUCGUUUAUCUCAGGUUAAUAGCAUCUGGCCAGCUGCAACGCGAGGCUGACUUUUAUCAGCAUUUUAUCGAAGGAGAUCGCACGGUUGCUGAGUUCUGCCAUCAGGAAGUGGAGCCAAUGUACAAAGAAUCGGAUCACAUCCAUAUUAUAGCGAUGAGUGCUGCGUUGGGAACGGGAGUACAAGUGCGUUACAUGGAUCGAGGUGCUGGAACAGAAGCAACAGCACACGACUUUCCAGAGGGAGUACCACCGGCUGUUCACCUUCUCUACCGACCUGGCCACUACGACAUCCUCUAUCCCUGAUGAAUUUGUUCCUUGUUUGCCCUCCUUCUUCCUCCCAUGUCUUACAAAAUUGAAUACAGUCCAUUCCCAGAUCCAAAACAUAAAAUAAUCUUGAAGCAUUAAACAAAUCGAAUCACCAAAUCUUGCAAGUCAUAUCGUUUAUGAUUUGUAAGAGUUCGCAGAGCGCCACGCUCCAUUCUAGACAUAUAGGUUCAUUUAUACAACGCAGGACACUCGACUCCUGUAGAAGGCAUCAAAUUAUAUAGUAUAUGCUUAAAAUCGAGUAUCCUAUUUCACAGAUCACAUACUUCUGUGUCCAGAAAGGAGCUAAAAACUCUGUAUGCGGUACGUAUUAAACCCAAAAUAUAUAAAUUAUU